GUUUUUUUUGGCACCUUCCGAAUUAUCACAAGUCCCGCAGAAAAGGCGUUCUUUCUCUCCCUUUCGCUCGCUCGCUCGCAGAAACCACUCACCCAUCAAUCAUCAAAAGCACAGAAGAAAACGCCAUGAACCAUCUCGCAACCACUUCUCUUGCCUUCUUCUCCUUCCCCUUGUAAACCCUCGAAAUCGAAAUCAAAAUCAAAAUCGUCCCCCCGAUUCCGCCCGCAGCAGCAACUCACCACAAAGGUUUAAACCAGUCUUUCUCUCUUCCUUCCUUCCUUCCUUCCUUCCUUCCUUCCUUCAGAUCCGCUGCAUUUUCGGCCUUGGAUUUCACGAUCCUCUCUCUCCCCUCCCACAAGAAGAAAACCCUUUAUCUCUCUUGGAGCUCCAUCAACGCUCUCGCUUUCUCUGCUUCGACUGAACCUAAGGCUUGCAGUUUAUUCCCCUCUUUCUCCUUUGUAUUUUUUUUUUCCCUGCUCCCUUCCGGUCCUUUCUGUGCUGCUCCCUUCUGCAGAGCUGGGUUUAAUUCCUCAGUCGGUUUUGUAGCCUCUGUCUGGUUGUAGUCCUUUUUCUCGAGAAAACCCUAGGCUAGUUUCUGCAUCUUUCUUCCUAGUUUCUUUCCCCCUUUUGUUUAGCUUGCUUGUACAAAAUCUGGGGGUUUUGAAUCAUCUCGGUUAGCUUUAACUUUAGGGAGUUGGUUUAGUUAGCGAUGAACAACAAUCGAGCAAGGUAUCCUCCUGGUCUUGGGGUCGGGAGAGGCGGAGGAAUGAAUGCGAACCCUAAUUUUCAGUCAAGGGUUCCGCAUCAGCAGUACGUGCAGAGGGGUUUGAUGCAGAACCAUCAGCAGUUUCAAAAUCCCCAGCAGCAACAGCAACAGCAGCAACAGCAACAGCAUCACCAACAGCAGCAGUGGUUGAGGAGGAAUCAGCUACCUGCUGGGGAUUCCAGUGUCGAUGAGGUGGAGAAGACAGUUCAAUCUGAGGCCGUUGACUCCAGUUCGCAAGAUUGGAAGGCAAGGCUAAAGAUACCUGCAGCAGAUACACGUUACAGGACAGAGGACCACGGUCAUACAGUUUGGGGAGGUGAACUAGAUUUUGCCAGUAUCCUUUUGUUUCUCAAACUUCCUCAUCUUCUUACGGUUUGCAGGAUGUCACUGCUACUAAAGGGAACGAGUUCGAGGACUAUUUUCUGAAGCGUGAACUUUUGAUGGGAAUAUAUGAGAAAGGGUUUGAAAGACCAUCUCCAAUUCAAGAAGAGAGUAUACCUAUUGCACUUACUGGCAGUGAUAUUCUGGCUAGAGCUAAAAAUGGAACCGGGAAAACAGCUGCAUUUUGCAUCCCAGCUCUGGAAAAAAUUGACCAGGAUAACAAUGUUAUUCAAGUUGUUAUCUUGGUGCCAACUCGUGAGUUAGCUCUUCAGACUUCUCAAGUUUGUAAAGAGCUUGGAAAACAUUUGAAAAUUCAAGUAAUGGUUACUACUGGUGGUACAAGUUUGAAGGAUGACAUCAUGCGUCUGUAUCAACCUGUCCAUCUGCUUGUUGGGACUCCUGGAAGAAUUCUAGAUCUUGCAAAAAAGGGUGUCUGCAUUUUGAAAGACUGCUCAAUGCUUGUUAUGGAUGAGGCUGAUAAACUAUUGUCUCCGGAGUUUCAACCUUCAAUUGAGCAGUUGAUUCGUUUUCUUCCCGGAAGCCGGCAGAUUUUAAUGUUCUCUGCUACAUUUCCUGUUACUGUAAAGGACUUCAAAGGUCGUUAUCUUCACAAGCCUUAUGUCAUCAACCUUAUGGACGAGUUAACGCUUAAGGGUAUUACCCAGUUCUAUGCUUUUGUUGAGGAACGACAGAAAGUCCACUGUCUGAAUACUCUCUUUUCUAAGCUGCAAAUAAACCAGUCUAUCAUCUUCUGCAACUCAGUAAAUCGUGUAGAACUGCUGGCCAAGAAGAUUACAGAACUUGGCUAUUCGUGUUUCUAUAUUCACGCAAAAAUGCUGCAAGAUCACCGUAAUAGAGUGUUCCAUGACUUCCGCAAUGGUGCAUGCAGGAAUCUUGUUUGCACUGAUUUAUUUACCAGAGGUAUAGAUAUUCAGGCAGUGAACGUUGUUAUUAACUUUGAUUUCCCCAAGAACGCGGAAACAUAUCUACACAGGGUUGGUCGAUCUGGGAGGUUUGGACACCUCGGUUUGGCUGUGAAUUUGAUCACCUACGAGGACCGUUUCAAUUUGUAUAGGAUUGAGCAAGAACUUGGCACUGAAAUAAAGCAGAUUCCUCCACAUAUUGAUCAGGCAAUCUAUUGCCGGUAGCAUGUGUUAGAUGUUAUUCCCUGUAGUCAACGAUCGUGGGCAGCAACAGGACGGGCAAUGGAUUGAAGCUGGGACAUUUGAAUUCUGAAAAGAUGGAAGAAUUGGUGGUAGAAGGCAUUUGAAUUCCAUGUGGGCGUUGUUUGUCUUAACCUGGCAUUGCUUCCUAUUGAGAGUUUUUCCAAGUACUUGAUGCCCUGAACGGGUAAACAGGAUGGUAGUAGGUCCAGGAGUUUAGUGGUUUCUCUCUGAGAGCCGAACUUAGAUAAUGAUGAUGCAUGGAUGGUCUAGUGAGUCCAUGUUCUAUGUGUGCGUUUUGUUAUUUGACCUCUUCCUUUUCCUCCGAGUCUGGUUUGGUACAGUAUUUGCUGCUUCUUGUGGUGAACUCUUGGCUUUGGUAGUAGGCCAAGACAAAAGAAGACGAUCGCUUCGUUUCCUCGUUUCAACUAUCCUCUGGUUUCAGUGCCAGUAAUAAAGUGUUCUCUGGACUUUGAAGUCGCGAGUUUCCUCU